AUGCCGCGGCAACCAACCAAAAGACGCAAAAUCGCCCAGGACCUCGAUGUGGAAGGCGAUGAAGAUUGGCAGUCCGACGAACUCUCUUCCCUCCCCGCAACUGAUGAUGAAGACUCCUCCUCUUCUUCUUCCGGCUCUGACCCCGGUUCCGACUCUGGCUCGAACUCGGACGAAGAAGAUGUAAUCGACAUGCUCAAAAAUCCAAAAGGCAAAUCUAGAGUGAGCAAGGUCGAAGUAGUCAUCCCUCUCACCACUCCUUCCGGCGAAACUCCAGCGAAACGAAAACGUGGUCGACCACCCAAAGAACCCGAGCCUAAAGAACCCAAAAAACGAGGUCGUCCACGCAAGUAUGCCCCCGGAGAGAAACGUCCUCGUCGUUCCCGCCGCAAGCUCAACCCUGAUGGGAGUUUUAAAAAGCGAGGAAGACCAAAGAAAGUAGUGGAUCCAGAUGCAGUCAUGAUGAAAGUGCCAAAACGACGCGGGAGGCCGCCGAAACCCGUGGAAGAAGGUGCGGAGGAUUCCAAACGCAAGAGAAGCGGUGAUGGGGGAGGAGCGGGGAAGAGGAAGAGGAAGCGCGAGUUUGAUUUGUUAGCGGGAUUGGAUUUGGAGUUUGACGACGAGGAUGGAGCGGGUAUUGUUCCUGGUGUUGGUGGUGGGGGUGAGGAGGAGGAGGAGGAGUGGGAGGAUGAGGUCGAUUCGCCAAGGAAACAGGAUGAUCUGUUGGCGAAGUUGAGGAGAAGGAUCUUGUAUAGACAGGCAGAUGCGGAGUUGCAGGACUUUGUGGAUAGUUUGGGGCCGGAUGGUGAACCGAGGGCAUCUACCUCGAAGGUUGGUGCGAAUGGUGCUGCUGCUGCAGAAGCAGAGGAGAAUGUGGAUGAAGGACCCAGGCCGGGCUUGCCUCUGAUGACAAAGUUCACGAACGAUGACGGCGUUCCAUCAUCGGAAAAGCGGAAAGAGCGACAACCAUUCGAGCCCACAGCAGACGCACAGAGCAAUGGAGCAAUGUCAGCACUCGCCGAAGCAGCCGUAACCGCUGCCGAAUCUGAAGAACAAGCCAAGUUGGCGGCAUCAAAACCAAAGGGUCGACCAGUAGGAUCGAAAAACCGUAAACCAGAUUGGGAAAACAACCCCCUUCUCCUUGCUUCUCGUGCUUCCAACGGUGUCGAUCAUGGCUCCUCGCUCUCGCUCUAUGGCGCUCCUUCGGCUGCUGCUAGCACCAACACCAGCAGCGGAGGAUCCAGCCUAGUCAAACCAACAUCAUCAGAUGCAUACUUCCUAUUCAACACCUCCAAACGCGCACGUGGGUUAGCAGGAAUGUCCAUCUCCACCUCCUCCUCUCUCAUCUCUUCCAAACUCCCAGCGCUCGACUCUAGGAAUCUCGAACGCGUGGUUGCAACCCAAACCUGCGCUGACACUACCCUCUCGGACCUAGCUAUGAAGAUGUACCGUCGCCUGCUCCCAGUGUAUUUGGCGCAGCUGCUGGCGGGGUAUGCAAUCAUCUUCCACGGCGUGGGUAGCAAGACGAAGCUUCUCACAGAGCUGGUUUCGCGUCGAAUAGAAGCGGAGGGGGAUGCAGUAGGAGUGGUGGCUCAGGGAGCGAUGAAAGGAUUCAAAGUGGAAGAUAUGCUGGGGGGAAUAGAGCGUGCGGUGGGAUUGGGGAAUUUGACGAUGAGUGCAGCUGCCACUAACGAUGAGGAGACAGCUAGAGCGGGGAUGGUCGUCUCUACCCUCACUGCAGCUCGAGCGGAAAGGAUUGUACGAUGGUUCUCAACCUCGCACUCCACAGCAGCGGGACCAACAAAGCUCUUCUUAAUACUCGAAACGUUCGAUGCGCCUGGCAUGCAAUCUUUACGAUUCAAAAGCGUACUCGAAACCCUAGCGAAAAGCCACAACAUCCACAUCAUGGCCACUACAGAACACGUCAAUUCGGGUUUCAUCGCUUUUACUACCGGUCAACAGUCUUCUCCCCCCCUCACUCCCACUCCUACUCAACCCCUUGUAGAAGUCGAAGUAGGGAAGGGUAGAGGAAGAUUGUGCUGGAUCUGGCAAAACAUGUCAACCUUCAUACCAAGUUUGGAUGAGAUGCUGAUCAUGCGUUCCAAUCCUGCUUUUGCUUCGUGGAUGCCUUCCCUCCCUCUAGCUCUCGAUCUCAUUGGUUCUGCCGCUUCACUCUCUUCUCGUCCGACCCAACCUUCUGGAAGCACCUUUUCUAUUAGUGGGGAAGCAAGUGGAGGGGUGGCGUUCUACAACGGUCUCCAAGUAUCCGAUUCCUUCCGAACCGUAUCGGAGACUUCGGCGAUAUCAAUUCUCAAAUCGGUCACUACAAAGGCUAGGGCACUGUUCAACCUUCUUGCCAAACAAACACUUUCCAUUGGUGAGGGAGAAGUGGGGAAUGGAGUUGGCGGCGUGGCGUAUGCAGACUUACUAAAUAAGGCGAAGAGGUCAUUUUUGGUAUCGAACGAGGCAGAUUUCAAAUCGUUGCUGAUCGAGUUCAAAGAUCAUCAUCUAUGUCACAUCUCCAAGCAAGGGGUGAUUGGGAUCGGUUUGGCGGAUGCGAAGGUUUUGCAGAGCGUGUUGGAUCGGUUGAAGUCCAUCUAG